CUGCAGAAUAAACCGUUAGAUGAAAGUGACACUCAGCUGCUCCAUUUUGUUCCGAGAUGAAAAUAAAAUAUUCCAGGAGUAAAAGCUAAAGCUCUGAUAUAUAAACGCUCUAAAUGAAGACGUUUAGAGUUAAUAUAAGGAGUUUUGUUGGUUUGUACUGAAGUUUUUAAUGUACACAGGUUGUUUUAUGACUUGAUAUCGUGUGUAUAGUGUUUGAUUUAACACACCGAUGUUGGAGUGAAGUAAACGUGUGUCCUGCUGUAAUCUGGAGAAGGAGACAUGACCUCCAACAUGAGUGUGUCUGGAAAACAGGACUUAAAGAAAGACGAGAGAAUGAUGAAGAGAAAGAGAUCAGACUCACCAGAACCCAGCUGUGUGUCCAUGAAGAGUGACCGGUCAAUGGAACGUCCAUUUCACUUCAGAGACAGAGACAGUUCUACUGAUGUGAGAAUGAUGGCGGGAAAGAGAUCAGACUCACCAGAACCCAGCUGUGUGUCCAUGAAGAGUGACUGGUCAAUGGGAGAACCAAUUGCCUUCAGAGACAGAGACAGUUCUACUGAUGUGAGACCACAAAAGAAGAAAUCAAACAUCAGCAGAAAUCAGCUGGACUCCAUAUUCAAGGAGCUGGAACACAAAGUCAUCACUCUGAUAAAGAAUGAGCUGAAGAGGUUUAGGAAGCUCCUGAGUCCAGAUUACCCAGCAUGCACUGAGAGGGAGGUGGAGGAUGAGGAGGAUCUUCACAGUGUCAGAGAGGGAGCUCUGAAGAUCACACUGCACUUCCUGAAGAACAUGAAGCACACAGAUCUCGCUAACACACUGCAGAACAAACUCGCCUCUGUGUGUCAGACAAAGCUGAAAUCCAACCUGAGAGACAAGUUUAAAAGAAUUAAUGAAGGAAUCUCACAGCAUGGAAGAUCAGCACUUCUGAAUGAGAUCUACACAGAGCUCUACAUCACAGAGGGUUGGAGUGGAGACGUCAAUAAUGAACAUGAGGUGAGUGGAUGAGUGUCGACUUCCUCUAAAUUUCCAGAAUGAGAGAUUGUGUGAUGUGACAGAGUCAGCCUCAGUGGAUGUUCUGCUGACGAACCUCAUCAAGAGGAAUCUGCUUCCCUCUGCUCUUCUCUGGAUAACCUCUCGACCAGGAGCAGCCAAUCAGAUCCCCCCUGAGUGUGUAGACCAGGUAACAGAGGUACGAGGGUUUAAUGAUCCUCAGAAAGAGGAGUACUUCAGGAAGAGGAUCAGUGAUCAGAGCCUGGCCAAUAAAAUCAUCAGACACGUGAAGUCUUCAAGAAGCCUCUACA